GGAUCCGUUGCUGCUGGACUUUGAGACGCAGCAGCAGCUCAUAGCGCUGGGCAUCAGCAGUCCGGUUACCCGGGAGACGGCAGGCGCCCGCUACCACUUGGAGCUGUCCCGCCAGCUGGCCGACUUCCUGGCCGCCCCGCUGCAGCGCUGCGGCGGCCUCAUCAGCCUGCCGGACGUGUACUGCCUGUUCAACCGCGCGAGGGGCACGGAGCUGGUGUCGCCGGAUGACCUGCUGCAGGCCGCCAAGCUGUUUGCUCGCGCGGGCGUGACGGCGCUACGGCUGCGCACCCUGCGGAGCGGGGUGCUGGUCAUCCAGGGGCCGCAGCACUCGGAGGAGCAGGUUUGCGCCAAAAUCGCACAGCUCACCACGCCCUCCCAGCCCCCCGCGUCCCCCGCCGGCCCCAACAGCCCCUCCUCAAGUCCACAACCGCAGAGGCCAUCCCCCCUGCCGCUGGGCCCUGGCCUGACAGCGGGCGACCUCGCACUCGCGCUUGGCGGCGUCACUGUCACGAUCGCGGCUGAGCACUUGCUGACAGCGGAGGCGCGCGGCGUGGUUUGCCGUGACGACGGUCCUGAGGGUCUGCGCUUCUACCGCAACUUCUUCCUGCAGGACAGCCUGGAUGUGAGGACGGUGGUGUAGGGGCGCGGGAGGAGGAGGAGCGCACCGUGCGUUGUUGGCAAUCUUGGCAGGUUGCCUACAUGGUAUGCUAAGGUGAUGCUGAGGUUGUAACUUGGUUGCUCAAGGGAAGACACGUUUGGGUUUGGUGGUUAUAAAAGUGGUGGCGGAAGUUGGGCUUUGAGGUGGAGUGAUUGUGGCACACGUUAGGCCGAAGCUGUAGAGGCGGUGUGGUUCACAUGGAUACAUGU